GUAAUACAGAGACGGAUGGAUGGGACGAUCGACUUUUUCCGGAAUUGGGAGGACUACAAGAACGGUUUUGGUAACAAGGCUGGGGAAUAUUGGCUUGGAAACCACAACAUUAAUGAAAUUGUUAACCAAGGAUAUUAUGAACUGCGGAUAGACAUGUCUGAUUUUAAUGAUGAAAAAAGAUAUGCUCUGUACAGAAGAUUUUCCAUAGGUGAUGAAGCCCAUGGAUAUAAUCUUCAUGUUGAAGACUACGAAGGGACUGCAGGUGACUCAUUGAUAAUUCAUCAUAAUGGGGCACAGUUCUACACAAAAGACCACGAUACGUCGGGUAACUGUGCAAAGAGAUUCAAGGGUGGUUGGUGGUAUAACUCUUGCCAUUAUUCCAAUCUGAAUGGGAUGUACCUUAAGGGAAAUCAUCUGUCAUACGCUGACGGGAUAAAUUGGGCGACAUGGCGUGGACAUUACUACUCACUGAAGACCACGGAAAUGAAAAUAAAACGAUUUUAA